CGGUGACGCUGACGCUGACGGUGGACGUCAACUGGUGUUCCUGACAAAACGCACCGAGAGGGAAGGCGGCGGCGGCGGCGAUCUUUGGUGGUGACGGUGACGGUGCAGCGAGAGACGGAAGUGGCUGGCGGACAACUUCACAUAAAAACAUUUCGGCGGAGAUAUUGGCUUUGAAAAUACCUUAAAAAAUGGCUAGCACAAACAAUAUAGCACAAGCAACGAGGACAGUUCAGCAGCUUAAAAAAGAGUCCAAUAUUGAAAGGAUAAAGGUCUCAAAGGCUUCAGCAGAUCUUGUGCGCUACUGUGAAGAACACGCCAAAAACGACCCUCUGCUCAUGGGCAUCCCAACCUCUGAAAACCCUUUCAAAGACAAGAAGCCUUGCAUUAUAUUAUAGUCACAACUUGUGCGUUCGACCUUUUUUAAAAACUGACCAAUAAUAGAACAUGUUAAUGAUGCUAUCUUUAUGCCCUCUGGUAUUCACAAAAAUGCAAUUUAAAUAUUUUCCAUGUUAAAUUGUUCACUCUUUUUGCCCAUUUCAGAAAAUAGAAUAGGGAACAUCUUGUGAAUUCAAACCAAAAGGGUAUGUUUAAAAAAAAUUAUAUCUCAAUAGAGUAAUGAAGAUUGAAUAAUGAAGAUAAAUAACAAAUUAUAUGUCUUUAUAUUUACUGUUUCCUAUAUUCAUGCAAAAGUAUGCAGUUUUUAAACUUACAAAUGUAUUUGUGUAUACUUAACUGAAACCAACAUUGUAAUUAUUAAUUUUGAAAUGGAUCUUUUCCAAUUCAUUAUUAUGCCAAAUUUUGUCUAAAGUGCUAUAUCUUCCCAUCACCUCUGAUUUGUAUGCCUCUGUCUGCCUUGUUCUUCACCUUGCCAUAGAUUGCAGAUUAUUCUCUUGCCUCAGCCUGACUCUUUGAAACUUCCUACACAAAUCCUCCUCCCGUAAACACUGCCUUAAACUCAUGGUUUUAUGAUCUCUCAAUUUUCCAUAGAUAGGACAAUAUCACCUUAAUUGUUCAGAUCCAUCAGAUAAACCACUGAUUAAGAUUUCCACAAACUAAAUAUCAUAAAAGCAGCAAAGUGGUUUGGUCCAUUCCAAGCAGAGUAUACAUGUUGUUUGUUUCUAUAUUCAAUGUCUGAAAUGUAGGUGUAGUAUGUAUGGAACAUUUUUGUCAAAGACAAUAGCAAAACAAAGAAUGUGCUGUGAUCUUGUUUGACUAGUACAGCAAGUAAGUUGUCUAUUUUAAUAAUUGAAAAUUGUAAAACCAUGCAGUAAUGUAGUAAGAUUACAAAUGUCCAGUUUGAGAUGAGAUUAAUCCUUUAAGUAACUGGACUAAUUUAUGUAAGGAAAAAUAUUUGCAAAUCAGUCAAUCUUACCUUUUGCAUUUUAGUCAUAGAUCGUAAUACAACAUGUAAACAGACCCUUUGGUCCAAUUGCCCAUGCCGACCAAGAUGCCCCAUCUAGACUAGUCCCACCUGCCCGCGUUUGGCCCAUAUCCCUCUAACCCUUUCCUAUCUAACCCGGCCAAAUAUCUUUUAAAUGCUGUUAUGAAUCUGCCUCAACUACCUCUUCUGGCAGCUCGUUUCAUAUACCUACUGCCCUCUGAAUGGGGAAAAAGUUACCCCUUGGGUUCCUAUUAAAUCUAGCCCCUCUCAUCUAUGUCCUCUGGUUCUUGAUUCCCUUACCCUGGGCAUUCCCAGUUGACUGUGCAUCACUUUAGUACAUUCGCAUAUUAAUUUGAUGAACUAGGAUCUUUGUUCAUUGGUUGCAUUCUUCUUGUGGUCACUGCAUCAUCUGUAUCUGAAUUUGGAAAUUGGCAGCAUUAUUUACAUUUCUAAUAUUCAAAGAGUAUGCAGUAUUAACCAUGACAUUACUUUAGUUCAAUGCAAAAGCAAAAUACCAAUUUUUAAAAGUACUUGCCAAAAUGAUUAUAUAAUGUCGCAUGUGAUUUGUUGAUGUGCAGAUAAUUCAUCUUACUGAGAUGACUGCACCAUCCAUUAAGUUGCUCACGUAUAACUUUGCUUGUCCACAAUGUAGAAUGACUGCUUAUUUUAACAAAGAGCUCCCAGUCUUUGGUUAUUUUGAAUUUCAGGAGCUUGACCUUGAUAUUUCUGAUAUUAAUUCUGUUUGUAGUAACCUUCAAAAACGUUUAACCUAGUUUUAAGUCUGCCACCAUCUUAUUUCUUAAAAGUCGAUUUUGACAGCAUUAACACCAGAAGAGCCUCAUUGAACGUGCCAUCUUAUGGUCUUCUGUAAUUACAACUGAAAACAAUUUUUACAGCACCAUUUGAACUUUUGUCAGCAUCUACAAAAUAAUGGCCAAGAUUUCAAUUCAUUUAUGCAUCUUGAAAAAUAACAAAGCUACCCAAUUAGAAUGUCAAAUAUAUUUGCUGAUCUAUUUAUUGCAGCAUUGCUUUAGGGAUUUAUUUUGUUUAAUAAUUCAGCUUUCCUCGAUGAUAAACUCUCACUUAUACAUUCAACCCCCCUUUUUCACUUGCGUGUAAUACGUGGUUAUUUUCAAUAUAAUACUAAAUGUUAGUUUUUGAGAGGUUUUCUGCUGAUUGCCCAUAAUGCAGUUUACUAUAAAAGAGACACAAAAUGCUGGAGUAGCUCAACGGGUCAGGCAGCAUCCUUGGAGAACAUGGAUAGGUGAAGUUUGGGUCUGGACCUUUCUUGUUCUACAAGCAGUUUAUUAUAGUCUUUAAGACCCAUGUCUUGAAAUGGGUCAUUCUGCUGAGUUGCUAAGUUUAGGUUGCUCCCAAUAGCCAAGUAUUUUCUAACUUAAUUACCUAACAUCCCAGUUGGAGAUCACCUAAUGGAAUCUUUGGUGGUAUCCUUCAGCACUUCGUGCCAUAAUAUGUCAGUUUUAGUUUUGUUCUAAAACAGAAUUGCGGGAGAUAUCUUGAAACACCAAUGGUGCUGUGAAAUGGAAGACUAGCAUGGUGAAAUGCCACAAAUAUUUACUAUGACAAUGCCAAUAAGUUUAGUUUUUCCUUAAAGUGCCUUUUUUGUUCGCACUAUUUUUGAGAUUAAGAUUAAACAACAGACUUGAGUUUUAUUUAUACUUUCAAUAGACUUCCAGCUCUUGCAGUUUAAAAAAAACUGAACAAAUCAAUCGUAUAAUUUUUGUACAAGUUGGCCACCACUGGCACAUUAAAACCAAAAUGUACUUAUUUUGGCUUUAUUCAGUCAUUCAUGUUAAACUUAUUGCAACAAUCAGCUGUAGGAUAUUAGCAGGUCAAGCAGUAUAGCAGUAUAUUGGAAAGAAAUGGUAGACCUUUUCUUUCCCAUCCACAGACACUGCUCAGCCUGCUCAAUCUUCCUCCGGCAAACUGUUUAUUGUUCCAGAUCCUAACAUUUGCAGUUUCUUGAACUCCAUGGUAAAUUUAUUUAAGCUUACUAAAAACAUUUCUUUUUAUACCCUGUCACAUUUUAUACUUUUCAUCAUCAAAGAGAAUUUCACUACAAACACUACGAAUUGUGGCUUUUCAUUAUGCCUUUUAUCAUCCCACAUAGAACAAUUAAAACUCCCGCCCCUUCAAAUCUUUUUGGAAAUGUUCCAUUAUUUUACAAAUUAAGAUGAUCAUCAAGUUUGUUCCAUUUACAGUAAAACUUUCAUAGACUGAUACCCUCAAGACUGUGCAGAACUAGCAAAUAUUAUUAGAUAUUACUGCUAUUGGAGAUAUUACUCAUUGUGCACCAACACAUUUAAAAUGUCCUGGUAAAAUGUAUUUUAAAUGCCUUACAGUUGUAUACAUAGUGCAUAUGAAAUUGAGUCCUGGUGAGUUUAAAUGGAGCAUGGGAAACAAAUAAUUAAGGCCGAUAAAUAAUCAGAUUUCCCCAAAUAAUUGGAUAAUAAAUGAUAGGACAUUUACUUAGGUUGUUUUCCAAUUCCAUAAACUAAAACUCCAGAAAAUACAGAAUCAGGAUACUGUUAUCCAAUACUUUCUCAUUCCUUUACAUUGUAUGAAGUGGUCCAAUCACCAAGAUGCUCUUCAACUAUGAAUUAUCCCCUUUAUUCCCUAGUAUUUGUUUUUGCAUUCGGGUUAAGUAAUUAUUCAACACAUCAGCAAAUGUUUCCUCUGUACUUAAUUCCUAUUUGUCUACCUCCAAAGUGGAUAAUCUCCCAUCUUCACUUUGAAUUGAGUAUAUGUGUGUAGGGCAACUUCCUAUUUAUGCUCAGUGGCCAUAAUGUAGACUAUAGUGCUCUCAAAGCCCAGCUGAAGCCAAUUCAUUUUUUCUGUUAUUUUUUUCAUUAAUAGUUUUCUUGCACAAGAAACCGCUAUAUAAUGACUUUCAUAUUGGUAAAGUUGAAUAAGGGGCACAGGUGUGCAGUGUGUAUCUCUGGGUCUGCUGCUGAAUAGAUCAUUUACUUUUCACCAAGUGAAAAAAUAUGUUAAAGGGAAGAAAAAAAAUCAGCUUUUAACUACAGUGAUAAGUUGAACUUUCGAUGCCUCGGUGUGCAGGAAAGGAUUGUAUGUAGACUAUUUUAACUAUAAGCCUCACUUUUUUUUGUUGAAUGGAAAGGUUAAUGGUCAUAAAUACAUUGUUACCUUUAUCAUUGAGAUCUACAUCCAUUUAAUUUCUUUAUUAGAAGCCUCGUUCUUUUCAAACAAAUUGCCAGAAAACGAGAGAAAGAAAACAGGAGUGCAGUAAAUUGGGAGUCUAUUUAUCUCUGAAAUCUGAAUUUUAAUCCACUUCAGGCUGAUGUUUCUGUCUAUAUUGGACUAAUUGCAAUCUGGUUGAUGGUGGGUCAAGGUCUACAAUUUAGCACUAAUUUGCCAAACAUACUGAAUUUUUAAAUAUAGUUAUGGUUUUUUUUUUUUUACUUCAGUUCUCGUACAUGGGAAACUCUUUUUUAACGUCAUGUCCAACCUUGGAACAUUUGAUUGGAAUCUUGGACUCCAAUGAAAUAGAAUAUACCAUUUCCCAGUACUAACUGUUUCUCUCCUUGCUGGCCCACAGAAUUAAAAUAAUUCAAAAUGAUAUGCAUGAAUCUUCUACUUGAGUCUGAUUAGAAUUGUACAUGAGGGCUCCAUGACACUUAAAGCCUCUUGCCAUGACACGCCAUGCUGCACAUUGGUGAUGUUUAUUUUAUGCCUCGGAUUUAAUAUCCAUACCAUUUUUUGAAUAAUAUAGACUCAACAUAGUAAAAAUGAUGUACUGUAUUUUGUACUCUUGAUUUGGUAUUCUUCUGAUGUUAACUAGGAAGCCUAAGGUAUCUUACGUAUUCAUUUAUUCUGUAGUUGCCAUUUUGCAUUGAACCUAGUUUCUGUAUGCUUGAUUUAACUUUGUUUUAAAAUUGAGUUCUUCUUUAGGCAUACUCAUUUUGAAGGAUAAAAUUCAGUACAACUUAAUUUUUCUACUUGUGCUAUUUGCCAACACUACAGAAUAUUAGCUCUCAAAUAAUUGUGCAUAUUUGUCUUUAUUUCCGCAGUUCAAAUGUAAUUAUGAGAAAGGUAAUGAUAGCAUUAUACUGUUGUGAAUGUGCUCAGUAUUGUUGAUGCAAUUACUCCAUUUAUUAAUAAACUCUGUAUUGUAUAACA